AUGAGUUGCCAGAUGUCCUGCAAGUCCAGAAGAGGAGGAGGCGGCGGAUUCAGGGGCUUCAGUAGUGGUUCCGCUGUGGUCUCUGGAGGGAGCCGGAGAUCAAAUACCAGCUUUUCCUGCAUAAGCCGCCAUGGAGGUGGCAGAGGAGGCUCUGGUGGAGGUGGCUUUGGCAGUCAGAGUCUCGUUGGCCUCGGAGGGUACAAGAGCAUCUCUAGUAGUGUGGCUGGCAACAGUGGUGGCUACGGUGGCAGCAGCUUUGGAGGCAGCGGUGGCUUCGGAGGUGGCUCUGGCUUUGGAGGAGGCCGAGGAUUUGGAGGUGGCAGCAGCUUUGGAGGCAGCGGUGGCUUCGGAGGUGGCUCUGGCUUUGGAGGCAGUCGAGGAUUUGGAGGUGGCAGCCGCUUCGGAGGAGGUGGCAGUGGCUUUGGAGGUGGUGGAUUUGGCGGAGGCGGCUUUGGCGGAGGCCGAUUUGGAGGUGGCCCUGGAGGUUUUGGGGGCCCUGGAGGAUUCCCUGGUGGAGGUAUCCAUGAAGUGUCUGUCAAUCAGAGCCUCUUGCAGCCUCUUGAUGUUAAAGUAGACCCAGAGAUUCAGAACGUGAAGUCUCAGGAGCGGGAGCAGAUCAAAACCCUCAACAACAAAUUUGCCUCUUUCAUUGACAAGGUGCGAUUCCUGGAGCAGCAGAACCAGGUGUUGCGGACCAAAUGGGAACUCCUGCAGCAGUUGGAUGUAGGCACCCGCACCGCAAACCUGGACCCCAUCUUCCAGGCCUACAUAGGCUCACUCAAGAAGUACGUGGACAGUCUUUCUGCAGAAAGGACCUCACAGGAGUCAGAGCUGAACAACAUGCAGGAUCUCGUGGAAGACUUUAAGAAGAAGUACGAGGAUGAGAUCAACAAGCGCACGUCUGCAGAGAAUGAUUUUGUGACCAUUAAAAAGGAUGUGGACAGUUGCUACAUGGACAAGACAGAGCUGCAGUCCAGACUGGACAUACUAGCACAGGAAGUCAACUUCCUGAGAACACUCUACGAUGCGGAACUGUCCCAGCUACAGCAGGAUGUCACCGACACCAACGUCAUCUUGUCUAUGGACAACAACCGGGACCUUGACCUGGACAGCAUCAUUGCUGAGGUUCAGAGUCAAUACGAGAUGAUCGCCCAUAAGAGCAAGGCUGAAUCAGAGGAGCUGUACCACAGCAAGUAUGAAGAACUCCAGGUCACCGCUGUGAAACACGGGGACAGCUUGAAAGAGAUCAAGAUGGAAAUCAGCGAGUUGAACCGCACAAUCCAGAGGCUGCAAGGGGAGAUAUCACAUGUGAAGAAGCAGUGUAAGGGUGUACAAGACUCCAUUGCAGAUGCAGAGCAGCGAGGAGAGCAUGCCAUCAAAGAUGCCAGGGGCAAGAUCACUGACCUGGAGGAGGCCCUACAGCAGGCCCGAGAGAACCUGGCCCGGCUACUGAGAGACUUCCAGGAGUUAAUGAACACCAAGCUGACCCUGGAUGUGGAGAUCGCCACCUACAGGAAGCUUCUGGAGGGGGAAGAGUGCAGGAUGUCUGGCGACUUCAGCGACAACGUGUCUGUGUCUAUCACGAGCAGCACCAUCUCCUCAUCUGUGGCAUCUAAGGCUGGCUUUGGCUCUGGGGGUCAAAGUUCUGGAGGAAGAGGGUCUUACGGAGGACGAGGAGGAGGAGGAAGCACCUAUGGCUCUGGAGGCAGAAGCUCUGGCUCCAGAGGAUCUGGAUCCGGAUCAGGAGGAGGCGGAUACAGCUCUGGAGGAGGCUCUAGGGGAGGAUCUGGAGGAGGAGGAUACAGCUCUGGAGGAGGCUCUAGAGGUGGUUCCAGCUCUGGAGGAGGAUACGGCUCUGGAGGAGGCUCCAGGGGAGGAUCUGGAGGAGGAGUCAGCUCUGGAGGAGGUUCUAGAGGAGGCUCCAGCUCUGGAGGGGCAGGAUAUGGCUCUGGAGGAGGCUCCAGAGGAGGCUCCAGCUCUGGUGGGGGAGGAUACAGCUCUGGAGGAGGUUCCAGAGGCGGCUCCAGCUCUGGAGGAGCAGUGUCUGGCUCUGAAAAGGGUGGUUCUGGGUCAGGGGAAGGUUGUGGCUCAGGUGUGACCUUCGCCUUUAGAUAG